CUCCCAUCCUAAGAGUUGCUGAGUUGGCUAUAAGAGCAGCUUCGUCAUGGAGGAAGACAGGGAGACGCCGGCCAAGGUCAGGAAAAAGACUUCUGCGCCGCAUCGAAAGUCGCUGUCGUGCGUCUACUGCAGCAGGACUUUUGCACGCUUGGAGCACCUCCAGCGCCAUCUCCGCACCCAUACGAAGGAGAAACCGUUUUCGUGCGAGACAUGCUCCAAAUCCUUUGCGAGAAGUGACCUCCUUGUUCGCCAUGAACGUCUAGUCCACCAGACAGAGAAUAAUGCCGUCAACCGAGGGGAGCAUCGGAACCACAGCAGUGCCUCGGACGGCCCCCCGACAACAACAGCCUCCAUCUUACCGCUGGUACACCAUGACUCGCGGAUGCUAGAGCUGGCCAACGCUGUCCCUGUCCAGCCACAACCGAUUCCACCGCCCCCGCCUCCAGAGGUACAUGUCCAGCCCGCCCCGAUCGCAGACACGGCACAUUUCAAUCCCUCGUGGGGAUACGAUUUGAACCUGCUCUCCCAUGCGGCGAGCCACGUGGCUCUUGAAGGUCAACAGGAAGCGCUGGAGUCUAUGCGCAAGCCUGCUCUGCCAGUGGGACCCCAUCAAGCAUUGCCUGCGGUUCCAGAGCGGGCCAUUACCGAGAACUACGGCGUCGAACCGUCAAUUCUGGAUUUGACAGACCUGGGAGAUCCAGUUCAAGACUUUACCGUUUUCCUGGAGAGCGUAGGUCUGUCGUCCGACUGGGACUCCGGGGUGUUUUCCAGCGUGGAAGAUUCCGUCUUACCACCCACAUCCAACAUCACCAUGGAUCCGAAAACGUCGAUCCGCGAAACCGCGCCCGCUCGCAUGAACAAUGAUCCCAUGGCAGAUCCUCGACCGUCGGCUGAUGACGCUCCAUGUUUCUCGAAUUUCGGUUCACGCUUGCCGUCGCUACAGCCCGAGCCUCUUGAUGCGGAUGACCGGCUCGGGCUGUCCGAUGAGAGUCCCCGGCCGGCAUGGGACAUCUCAAAUGCGGACCGGCAAGCCUUUGUCGCCAAGCUGGAAGAGUUCUCUUAUGUUCUCCCAAAGGGCUUCAUAGCCCCCUCGCGGCACGCCUUGUCUCGCUUUUUUGCUGGUUACGUCAACGGCUUAAACGAACACCUUCCUUUCAUCCAUGUGCCCACUCUCUCCGUUGCCAGGUGUUCACCAGAGCUGACGCUUGCCUUGGCGGCGGCCGGCUCACACUAUCGCUUUGAGAAUAACCGGGGAAUUGACCUUUUCCAUGCCUCCAAAGCAGUCCUGUUAGAGCGACUCCGGCGACGAGAUAGCAAGCAGGUCCCUUAUCCAACCUGGAAUUAUCUCUCUCCCACCACCUCCGGGGGUUUCCACGCUUCCCGCGGGUCGUCCAUUCUCUCGAGCCAUGUCACCAGUCCGUUCCAGCCCCCGCAAUCACAACCGCAACCUCCUCCUCCGCCGCCGCCGCCGCCGCCGCCGCCACAACCCCCUAUGUCUCAUGCCGUCGACUACGUGAAUUACCCCUUGGAUGAUUCGGAUGCCCAUAUGGAAGUCAUACGAACAUUUCUUUUACUAACCGCAUUCGCUUCCUGGGAGAGACACCCGGAACUACUAAGGGAGAUUCUUUCGCUGCAGAGUACCUUGGCCAGGCUUGUGAGAGAGCACGGCUUGUCCGAGCCGGCACCCACCCCCGAGCCGAUCAGCUGGGAGGAAUGGGUUCGACGAGAAGGCAACAGGCGCACGAAGUUAAUCGUCUACUGUUUCUUUAAUCUCCAUUCGAUCAUGUACAACAUCCCGCCACUCAUUCUAAACGGCGAACUUUAUCUAAACAUGCCAUGCUCCCACGACGUAUGGAAGGCGACCAACGCAGUACAGUGGAGGCGGGUCUUGCGCUCCCGGCAUAGUGCAGAUAUCCCGUUCCAAGAAGCUUUUGCCAAACUGUUCCUCAAGUCCAGCAUAUCGGCCGCCUCCGCGCCGAUCUCGCCGCUGGGGAAUUACAUCCUCAUCCAUGCCAUCAUCCAACAGAUCUUCUUCGCCCGGCAACUCUGCCUCUCAGCUCCGACCAUGACCGGCACAAGCCUAAGGCAGGAAGACCUGAAUGCCCUAGAUCUCUCCCUUAACGCUUGGAAAGCCCUGUGGAAACGGAAUCCGGAAUCGAGCAUCGAUCCACAAAAUCCUGCAGGACCCAUCGCGUUCACAUCCACCGCACUGCUGGGCCUGGCUUAUAUCCGGUUACAUGUCAACCUCGGACCGUGCCGGCGCCUAAUCACGCAGGAUCCUGUGCAGAUUGCGAGGGCGCUGGUCGAGUCUCCGCCGAUCGCACGCAGCCCACGACUCAUCAUGGCUCUACUGCACUCAGCACACGCACUCUCCAUCCCCGUCCGACUGGGGAUCGAUUUCGUGGCCCGAACCCAUUCCUUCUUCUGGAGCAUCCAACACUCUCUAUGCAGCUUGGAAUGUGCCUUCCUCUUAAGCCGCUGGCUGCUCUCUAUCCCCAUCACGCAGUCGGAGCAACGACUCUCUGACCAUGAACGGAAGUUACUCGUGUGGAUCAAAAGCAUGAUGGACGAAACCGACAUGGCCGUCGACCACCCGGGGUCGCCUGACAUAGACUUCGUCUCCAAUCCUUACAAGGUCCGGCAGCUGAGCAUAGCUAUCGUGCGUGUCUGGGCAAGAACCUUCAAGGGUAACACCAGUUGGGCCAUUGUAGAUCUCGUCGGGGCCAGUCUCGAAGCCUAUGCGGAUCUCCUGGAAGCUUGAUACUCAUUUACAUAUAUCUAUAUACUUCGUAUAUCCUGGCUCCAAUGUUUCUAUACAUUACCACAGCUAAUAGGAGCUAUACAGUUCGUGGCGCGACCAUGUCGAUUUGAUCUUCUCUUUCUAUACUGUUUAUUUCUUUUCUUUUUUAUACCCAAUGGUGUUUAGCUGUCUGCCUGUCUCCGGUGAACACCGUCCAUUCUUCUUGAAGAUAUAUAUACAUGCGAAUCCCCUCAUGUCCAAUCUUUUUAUCGAUCUUGUCUCUAACGUUUAUGGUUUCUUUUUUUUUUGGAAAAUCGUUGGGUGCAGCAAGGGCUCGGCUAGGAAGGUUACAUCGUGUUGGAAAUUAGCAUACUGGAAUGAUCGCGAGGCCAUAUUUCAUCAAUUAAUUUUUUUUUCGCUCUCUUAAUUUUAACUAUAUACUUUCUAUGGAACAUGA